AUGUCAUUAGGAAAAAGAUAAUUGUCAGGUUCAAAAUUGAAAUUUGAUGCUGAUUAUUAUAAAAAUCUCCUUGAAUAGUAAGAAAAGAAGAGACCAGGAUCUGGUUAACCUUUAUCAACUAUAACUUCUCCACUUCCUCCUAGAAAACCAGUUUAUUCUGGCAAGUUAAGAAGUAUUAUACCUCCAUCAGAAAAUGUUAAUCAACAACAUCGUAUAAUUAAAUCAAGCAAUAGUUAAUAGAAAUAAUAAUUAACCCCAUCAGUUACUUAAUCUCAAUUAUAAGGUGUAGUAAGAAUAUUUUAUUAUCAAUUUUCAUAGGUGAGUCCACAUAAAACUAAUAAGCCUCCAUUGUAAUUAGAUAAGAAACUUAUUAUACCUAAAUAGAAUACAUCAUCAUAAAUUUCAAUAAAAAGUUCUAUAGUACCUAAUCAAAUCUAAACAGGAGAGAAAAAAGUAAUUUAAAAAUCAAUUGAAAAACCUGGUGCUUUAACAAGUCCUGGAUAAAAUGAUAAAUAAUUUACAUGGAAGAAUUAGAUAGAACUUAUAGUGACUUAAUCAGAUUUUGAAAAUGUAAAUAUUUUAAUAUAGCAAGAAAAGAAGGCAAAUAUCACAUGAGAAAUUAAAAUAAAUACCAAUAAAGUAGAUUUAAUAAUAACCAUUUGAUUAAAAGAGAUCCACCUAACCCAUAAUUUAAUAAACAUAAUCUCAUAUUAUCAAUUCAUAACCAAGAUAAAUACUUUAAACACAAUAAAUACAAAAGAAAUAAGCCUAUAAUCCAAAAUAAAUUAAUAAUAUUUAAUCAUAAUCAUAAUCAUAAAUAUAAGGAAGUUAACCUAAAUGUUUUACUGAUUUUACAAUGACAUCAGGAAGAAAUGAUCUUUAAUAACUAUUUUCAUCUAUGCAAUUACAAUUAAAAGAAGCCUCAUAAUAUGCUGAAUAACAUCCAAAUUUAAAUAUGAGUGGUAAAAUAUUCUACUUAAUCUUUUAUUAGAAAUACAAGAACAACCAGAUGAUGCUAAUUCAUCUUUUGCAUAAAGUACUCUAUAUUAAUUUUAAAAGUGAUACUAAAAUGAGUUUAUAUUUCACAUCUUUUUUUGAAUUAAUUAUAAUAUCAAAUAUCUAUAUGAGAUAUUUAUUAAUUUAAAAAAAAAAAAUCAACCAAAUAAUUAUAACAUUAUUAUUAUUAUAUUAAUCAUAAUUGUAUUUUUAUGACUGAUUCAUCUUCAUAUUAAUAUAGCAUUAAUGAAGGCUAAUAUGAAGCUAAAAUAGGUGAAAAGUUGAAAAACAAUCAAUAUUAAAUUAUCAAAUGGUUAGGAGAUGGAACAUUCUCUAAAGUUUGGUUAGUAAAAGAUUUAGUAAACUCAUAUCAUUAUGCACUAAAGAUAUAAAGUUCAUUAUAUUCAGAUGCAGCCAUGGAAGAAAUAGAAAUUUUAAAGUAUUUUUUGAUAUUAAUUUAGAAUUUUGAAUUAAAAUGAAAAUUCAUCUUAAUGGAUUAACAUUUAAAAAAAUUUCAUUGGCAAUUAAUAAUCAACACAUUGUGUAAAAAUGAUUGAUUCUUUUGUUCAUGUUGUUGAUGAUACAUUACAUUAUUGUGUAAUAAUGGAAAUUUUGGGACCUACUUUAUUGGAUUUAAUUAGAUUCUAUGAAAAAAAAGUAUAUGAUAUUAUUAUUAUUAGCAUUCUAGUAUAAGUAUUUAAUUAGGGAAAGAGAUAACUAAAUAAAUAUUGAUUGGAUUGAUUUAUGCUCAUGAUGUAUGUUAAAUUAUUCAUACUGACAUAAAACCAGAAAACAUCAUGAUUGAAUUAAAUGAACAAUAAUUAAAGUAGUUAAUAAAUGAAGAUGAAACUGAAGAUUAGAAAAAAAAGUAAUAAGAGAAAAUAUUUAGAGAAUUAAAUUGAAUAAUAUAAAUGUUGGUGAUACUUUUAUUUGGAAUGAGAAUGUCAUUAUUAAUGUAAACUCUGACCUUAAAUGUAAAUUAGUUGAUUUUGGAAAUGCUUGUUAAACUAAUUAAUAAUUUGAAGAAAUUCAAACAAAGGAAUAUAAAUCUCCUGAAUCUAUUAUAUAAGCUAAAUAUUAAACAAAUACAGAUAUUUGGUCUUUAGCAUGUGUAAUAUUUGAAAUCUUAACAAAUAAUUACUUAUUUUAACCUGAAGGAGAUACUGAAGAAGAAGAAAUGGAUGAUUUAUUAGCAAUGAUGAUAGAAUUGAUUGGAAUUCCAAAUUAAAGUUUCUUGAGUAAAGGUUAAAGAAGUAAUUUAUAUUUUGAAAGUGAUGGAAAUUUAAAAAGAAUUAAAGUAUUUUAAUUUAUAUUCAUAAAAGGAAUUACAAAAAGUCAAUCUUACUAAUACAUUGAUUAAUGAAUACAAUUUUGAAAAAAAUGAAGCAUAAAAGUUAGAAGAUUUUAUUCUCUUUGCAUUAAAGUGGGAUCCUCUUGAGAGACCAUCUUCUUAAAUUAUGUUCUUUCAUCCUUGGCUUCGAUAAUGAA